AUGGAAAGGCGCGAGGAGGACAGGUUGUGUGGGAAAUGCAGAGUUACCUGCGGACCGUACAGUUACAACUUGGGGGACAUCUUCACAUGGCGUCUGCUGAAGACCAUCGCCAUGGGCCAGAUCCUGUCCCUGCUGAUCUGUGGGACCGGAGUGAGCUGCCAGUACCUGGCCGACGUCGGGGUGCAGACGCCCAUGCUGCAGAGCUUCCUCAACUACGCGCUGCUGCUGCUCGUCUACACGACCAUCCUCUGCACCCGCAAAGGUGAUAGAAACAUCUUACACAUUUUAAAAAACAAGUGGUGGAAGUAUUUGAUGAUGGGUCUGGCAGAUGUGGAGGCAAACUACACAGUUGUGAAAGCCUACCAGUAUACCACCCUGACAAGUAUACAGCUGCUGGACUGCUUUGUGAUCCCAGUGCUGAUGGUGCUGUCCUGGUUCUUCCUGAAGACCCGCUACAGGAUGGUCCACUUUGUAGCUGUGAUGGUGUGUUUGUUGGGGGUGGGGGCCAUGGUGGGAGCCGACAUCAUGGCUGGAAGAGAGCAGGGAUCCUCCAGUGAUGUGUUGCUGGGCGACGGGCUGGUCCUGCUCAGUGCCGUCCUCUAUGCUGUAUCCAACGUGUGCCAGGAGCACACCGUGAAGAACUUGAGCCGAAUCGAAUUCUUAGGCAUGAUGGGAUUCUUUGGGACACUUAUCAGCGGCAUACAGCUAGCUGUGCUGGAAAUUCCUGCCGUGCAGGAAAUACAAUGGGACAUUCACAUCUACAUGCUGUUUGCAGUCUAUGCCCUGUGUAUGUACACGCUGUACAGCUUCAUGCCUGUCGUAGUGAAGAUGACCAGCGCUACUGCGGUCAACCUCUCUCUACUCACAGCCGACCUCUUCAGCCUCUUCUGUGGCAUCUUCCUCUUCCACUACACAUUUUCCGCUCUGUACAUCAUCUCGUUUGUCGUCAUCACCGUGGGUUUUGUCUUGUUCAACGCUGUUCCCACGUACUCCGCUCUGCCAGAGACCCGCUCCAGUGAGGACGAUCCCGCUGAAGUGUUUGCCGAUCACACGGCUGAGAGCUCCUCAGACCAUCUACUGCCAGCGGACAAAGACACUCAGAGACCUGAGACUCUCAUGGCUGUUGCUGCACUUUGAUUA